GAUUGGACAGUCCUGAGGACCUGUGUGUGCUCUACUCUAACAGAGCAGCCUGCUACCUGAAAGAUGGAAACAGCUCUGAGUGUAUACAGGACUGCACCAGGUCCUUGGAGCUGCAGCCCUUCUCCCUCAAGCCCCUCCUACGCAGAGCCAUGGCCUAUGAGACUAUGGAGCGGUACCGACAGGCCUACGUGGAUUACAAGACCGUGCUGCAGAUAGAUAUCAGUGUGCAGGCUGCACACGACAGUGUGAACAGGAUCACGCGGUUACUGAUAGAGCAGGAUGGAGAGCAGUGGAGAGAGAAACUACCUGAGAUCCCUCUGGUCCCACUAUCAGCUCAGCAGCACCGCAGGGAGGAACCACCCAGCGCUGAGGUCCUACAGGCCAGAGCAGAGAAGGCCAAGCAGCACGCAGCUCAAAAAGCAGAAGUCUGUUUCAAUUCGCUGAAACAAGAAGGAAAUGAGUUUGUGAAGAAAGGUCUGUUCCAGGAGGCUCUGAGGACGUACAGCGAAUGCCUUCAGCUGAAGCCAGAGGAAUGUCCCAUCUACACCAACCGAGCGCUGUGCUUCCUGAAGCUAGAUAUGUUUGCUGAAGCCAAGCAGGACUGUGACUCUGCCCUGCGGCUGGAGCCAGCCAAUAAGAAGGCCUUCUACAGACGGGCCAUGGCCAAUAAAGGCCUCAAGGACUACAUGGCGUGCAGCUCUGACCUACAGGAGGUGCUACAGCAGGAUCCCAACGUAGCGGAGGCUGAGAAGGAGCUGGAGGAGGUCACGCUGCUGCUCAGACAGAGUCUGGCCCGGGGAUCGCCUAGCAACCCCAGGAGGACUGUACCCAUCACUGAGGUUGAGGGGACUGAGGACGAAGACCGUCAGGCUGCAGAGCCAGACAGGACCAAAGCAGCAGAAUCAGAGACAGCAGAAACAUCAACAACAUCCACGUCAACCCCAGGCCCCGCAGAGAACCACUGUGGAGGAGGAGGAAGAGGAGGAGAGGAGGAGGCAAUAACCAUCAACCUCCAGCCCUCGAACGCCUAUGAGUUCAACCAGUCCCUGAACGCAGCGCGGGCCCAGUCCAACCUCCCAGCCUGUGCUGAGCUGCUGAGCCGUGUUCCCCCUGAGACUCUGCCCGUCUACCUCAGUAAUCAGCUGGAUGGACACACAGUCAGCUUCAUUAUGCAGACCCUGGACACACAGCUCCUACAGAAGGACCCUAACCUCGUCUACCAGCACCUCAACCAUCUACACACUGCUGACAGGUUCUCGGUCGUCGUGAUGCUGCUAAAGAGUGAACAUGAUCAGAUGACUCGACUGUUUGACCGUCUGUCUGCUGUGGACAGUGAUGCCUUCAGUAAGAACGAUGUGCAGAACCUGGCCAACAAGUACAUCUGACCUCUAACCUCUGACCCUGUCUGGCCUGCUGGAACGCAUCCCAAAUAGGUCCCUAUUCCCGAGUGCACUAUGGUGGGAAUAAGGCGCCAUUUGGGAACAUCGCAGCAGACUUUGAAUACGAGUCCAGACUGCAAAUCACCUUGCGUCAUAAAUAACUACUCAGUAUUAUUUUGUAGGUCAAGUCACAAUUUACCCAUGAUACAUCACGGUUUCGAUGUUCUCAAACGCGACCCUUCACUCUGUCCUGCGUGAAGCUCCCAACACGACGUACUGGAUCUAUGCAACGUUGCACAACACGACUCAGAAGCUGCUGAACGUGCUCAGAACAUUACGGACCCAAACCGACCCGUUUCUCUCUAUGUAAUAUAUCACAUCUCUACCGACCGCUACUAGGUAUUUCUGACUCCAAAGACCUUUUUCACCCAGAUCUGUUUUAGCGUUAGUUGACCGACAGUAAAUGUUGAAAUGUUGUGAACUAUUUAGCUUUUAAAAAACAUUCAUGCACAGGUCCAACGUUCCAAGGUAUGUGUCAGCAUUUCCCUGCUGGGUCCGUGUUCUGCGGGCCAGGUCCAUUCUCCAGCCUGCAGAACCAUUUCAAAUCAGAUAACAACCAUAAGAAUGUAUGACUACUUUUCCAGGCUGCUUUGACUGGCCAAUAGGAUGGUUGAUUUGUUUCCCGGGUUUGAAAUAAAAUAGAAAUGUGGAAGGGACAAUGAAUUCCAAACUUGGAAGACAUAACGACUUGAAUUGACCGGGCUAGCGUUAGCCCCAGAGGCUAUUCAGAAAACAACAUGUUGUUGUACAGCUUUAUCAUGCUGAUAUUAAACUAGAUUAAUGCAUGAUGCAUAAAUCACAAUAUUAACCAAGCGUAUAAACAAUCCAAAAAGCACUAAUUUCCUCUGGGGUUCAAGGAGUAUUUGACCAUCCAUUCUCUGUCUAGAAAUACAAUGCUAGUUUUUGGCCAGUCGUCUCAGUUCUGUGUAUAACCCCCAUUUGUCUGAAAACAAUGAUGAAGCAACUAACAAUGUGCGCAAUACUAACGGGGAAUUAUACAGGACUGCAAGUCAAGGUAAAUGCAAAGUAAUUGUGUAAAAACAUGUAUCUUUUGGAGAAAU